AUGAGUCAAACAUCUCUGAAACAAAAAAAGAAGAAUGAGACUGGAUCGAAGAACUCAAAAGACAGCAUAGACACAGAGAAAAGAAAGGAUUCUGACAAAUCAGGAGUUCGUCUGAGCACUCAGAUGAGGCGUGCAGUCAGUCCGAAUCACUUGCUGAGAUGUUGCCCCAUGCGAGGUCACUCGUCGUGUAGACGCUGCCUUUGUGCAGCUGAGGGAACAGUACCUCUUGGCCCUUGCCGCACAAUACGUAUUUAUAUUCACAUGUGCCUGUUGUGGGAGCAGGGCCGGCAGAUCACCAUGAUCAGGGUGAGCAGAGAUCAAACUACUGAUUUUGGAGGGGAGCCACAGGCAAUCUGGGGAUCACAGGAAUUAUCAUUGCCAAAGACUGAUUCCCGAGGGUUCCUUGUGCGAAAUCAGUGGUCCCGAACUUCACGGAGCCCAUCUACCAGAGGUCCAUCAAUAGACGAACCCAGAAGCAAGAGCACCAGUCUUAAGCUCCCCAAUAGCUCCACGACCUCCCGGACUUCAUCAGCCUCCCCUAGCCAGCACGAGUCCCCAGAGCAGCUGUCAGAGCAGGCCUCUCCGCCCACGCCACCUCUGCCAUCCACGCCGCCCAUGCCUCUCGACUCCCGUCCUCCCACUCCCCCGGAGCCCCAUAGCUCAUCCCGGCGCAGCACCAGGAUGCAUGAGAAUCCCGAAGCCUGGGCUCACGGCAUCGUGCGGGAUAUCCGCGACUCCCGGGAGUCUUCGCAGCUGCGGGAUUACCCACGCACGCCCCCCACCGAAUGGAAGUCGUAUUCCCAGCGCAGAUCGACUUACUCCUCUCAGCUGGACCGCGACUGUCUGUCCGAACUGCCUCAACCACCCCGGCAGCACCAACGGGAGGAAGAGGAGGAGGAGGAGGAAGCCUACUGGGCCUCGGUGAAAACUCUGUAUGAGAAGAUCCCGAGCUGCUCGCGCCCCCGACCGCCCAAACCCAAGAAUGCUAUCACCAUCGCUGUGUCAUCCCGGGCUCUUUUCAACAUGAUGGACGGCAGGAAAAUCUACGAGGAAGAGGGUCUAGAAAAGUACAUGGAAUAUCAGCUCAACAAUGAGAAUGUCAUCCUGACCCCAGGGCCUGCGUUCCGCUUUGUUAAGGCACUGCAGCAUGUCAAUGCUAGACUCCGUGAGCUGUAUCCUAACGAACAGGACUUAUUUGAUAUUGUACUGAUGACUAAUAACCAUGCCCAAGUGGGAGUGCGGCUUAUAAACAGCGUCAAUCACUAUGGCUUACUAAUUGACCGCUUCUGUCUGACCGGUGGAAAAAGCCCCAUUGGCUAUUUGAAGGCAUAUCUUACCAACUUGUAUCUUUCUGCAGAUUCUGAAAAAGUACAAGAAGCAAUACAAGAAGGGAUCGCCUCUGCAACAAUGUUUGAUGGAGCUAAAGACAUGGCUUACUGUGACACACAGCUCCGUGUGGCCUUUGACGGGGAUGCCGUCCUCUUCUCUGACGAAUCUGAACAUAUUGCCAAGGAGUAUGGGCUGGACAAAUUCUUUCAACAUGAAACACUAUUUGAAAAUAAGCCUCUUGCUCAGGGUCCCUUAAAAGGCUUUCUGGAAGAUUUAGGCAGACUGCAAAAGAAGUUUUAUGCCAAAGACGAACGGUUACUUUGCCCUAUCAGGACCUACCUGGUUACAGCCAGGAGUGCAGCCAGUUCAGGCGCCCGUGUGCUGAAAACCCUUCGCCGCUGGGGUCUAGAGAUAGACGAAGCUCUUUUCCUUGCUGGAGCCCCCAAAGGUCCCAUUUUGGUGAAGAUAAGGCCCCACAUUUUCUUUGAUGACCACAUGUUCCACAUUGAAGGGGCACAGAAGCUCGGCACCAUAUCAGCUCAUGUACCUUAUGGCAUUAAUCAAAAAUGAACAAUUAGGGGUGGAGAGGAGAAAUAAAGCAGUGAGUCCGGUAUUACAGAAACCACUUUUUGUGGAUCUCUAGGUUAUUAGAUAGGUAUUUCAGAAGAUCAGGCCAGAACUUAGUUCAUUUGGAAAAGAGGUUACCUUUUGAUUUUUUUGAAAACAUUUUGAACUUUCAGGUUACCUUCAACUACUUCUCUUUGAGCUGUCAGUGCUGUUGAAUACAACUGCACCUACUACCCUCAUGGGUAAAUCAUAAUGAUGACUCUUUAGGAUAAGCUUAGUACUUGAAUGCUUAAAUGCUGAAAGGCUAAAGCCUAGUUGGUUUUACAAAGCAUUGCUCAUUUUUGGAUGUUGGUAGAUAGAAUGAAUUGUUACCCAUCAUCACUGUAGAAUAUUGGUCUUCAAGGAAGGAAAGAGUAAGGUUAAACACACUCUUGAAAAUUAGAGUUUAUUCUGUUGCCUCUAUGACCAGCUUUUUAAUCAAUACAAAAUUAAAAAGUCACUCCACCUGCAUAAGUAUACCAAUUCUGAAACUGCUUAUUCAGAAAUAAAUCGGCAGGUUAUUCAUAUCGGGCACUUUCCAUCUAAGAUGAGAUCCAGACAGAAGUUCCUGGGUAAGCAAGCUCCUUUGAAGCUUACCUGGUGGGUCCAUUGCCUCUGGACUACAAGGCUUCAUAUUUGAAAUCUUUAGCUCUGGGCCAGCAGGUAGGUCCAAGGUUUACACAGGAGAAAAAGCCUUGGCUGCCAUUUCAAAAUGUAACAUAAAGUAUGGUAUCCUAUAUCCUAGACUUUCGCUGUUACCAUUCUUUUAUUAUUUUUGUUUUGUUUUCAAGAAACAUUGACCAGUUUUUAACCAUAAUCCAUUUUAUAAUAGGCACAGUGAGCUGGUUAUUUUCAUGCCACCUCAUUUUCUUACAAAUCAAAUGUUUGUAACAGAGUAUUAUUAUUAUUACCCCCAUUUUUAUCAACGAAGAACUUAAUACUCACAAAGAAAAAGUAGCUUGUCCCAUAAUGUGCAGCUAAUAAAUGGCAGAACUAAGAUCCAAAAUCAGGCCUUAACUUCAAAAGCUAUAUUCUGUCUACCCUCUCUAUGUUAUAGAGCCUUCCACAUCAAGUUGUUCUUAUUAAUUCCAUGGCCAAAGGACCCAUCUUGAACAGAUUAGUCUUUCCAUUAAGUUCUAUGCUUGAAGUACACAGCAGUUACAUAGCAGAUCUGGGGAUUUCCUUCCUCCUCCUCUCCUCUUCAUGCCCUCUCCUGUUCUUUCUAUCCCCACCUCUAUCUCUAGUGCACUAUGUAUACAUACUCCACCCCAGCUCUACCUCGAGAAAACUGCUGCUUGACAUAUAGCUUUUGCCCUGCUUCUUAAUUUGAUGUAAGCUAGUCCAACAUAUAUCAGUUAUGACCCUCAUUCAGUACCUACUACUUUCUAUGCGUUCUUCAGUGUGAAGACGACAAAAGAAACUCAGACAUAAUCCCAUCCUUUAGGAAAUUGAAAAUCUCAAAAAAAAUCUGGUAAAGUAACUCAAGCAUGAAAACUGAUAUAGUCAACACAAGAGGGCUUUUUUGUCCUCAGUACCAAGAGAAGGUCACAAAGGUAGAGAUCUGCAUGGGCUGGAAGUGGUCAGACCAUAGAAUUGAGGUCCUCUUUGAAGUAAAAGUAUGGAUAGAUAGAAAAAGAGGAAACAGAUGCUCUGGGAUCAUUGACUUUGAGAGGCAGCUUCAAAUUACAGAAAGGGUGGAAUAAGGGCCCAUCCCUGGUGAUUUCUGCUCUGGUGCCUUGUGGAAUCACCAGGGACAGUGCUCCUCUCCACCUGUGAGCUCCAUCUUCAGCACUCACCUGAAACCUUCUCCUGACAUUCUAACCCUCUUCUAUUUGUAAUGCGACUGUUCACUGCAUGUUAUAUCCUUCCCCAAUGUACAGGAGUGAAGAAGUGUCUAUCAAAAUAAUGUAGGGAGUUUAUUUCAAACUACACAGGCUGUGUGUCUCUUCUCUUGCCCUGAAGAUUCUAUAACGGGGGCUGUGGCAGUGGAGGUCUCUGUACCAGACGAUAAGCACCUGCAGGGCAGAAAUGGCAUCCUAUUUCUCUGUGACUCUCACAGGGCUCGGGGUCUGGCGCAUAUUGGAUGCGUGAGUAGAUGAAUGAAUGAUGACUUGAGAAAAGCUUGGUCAAAAGCUAUGACAUUUGCAGCCUGAAGAUGGGUCCCUGUGGCAAUAAGCCCUGACAGUCUUCAAUCACUUUACAGUGUACAAAGCACUUGCACUUCCAUUAUUACAUUUAAUCGUCUCCUGGAGCGUGCGUGGAAGCCCUUGUGAACGGACCUCCUCAGAAGUGUGUGUCUACAGUAAGUCCAGGCUUUCCCAGGGUAUCUCGAGCAGCAUCGCCUAAGACCGCUGGAGGAUGACUCUUGCUAUAGACAUCAACACCGCCGUGGUUUUCAGUUCUCAGGCUGUGGUCCAUCAACCAGCAGCGUCGGGAUCACCUGGGAACUUGUUGGAAAUGCGAAGUCUCAGGUCCCAUCUGGAACCCGUUGAAGCCUAAACUCUGGUACCCAGAUCCUUCAACUGGGGGAGGCGGGGCGGGAGGGUUGUGUUGUUUUUACGAGCUCUGCAGGGGAUCCGGACACGACACUAAAGCCUGAGAACCACCGGUCCAUUCUGUCUCCCACUGGUUCAUGCUGCUAAGUUCUUCGCCUCAUCAUAAUAAAAAAGAGCCCUUCCUCAGACCCCAGAAGGGCGGACAUCACUCGUUCUCCGGAGGGUGAAAGGCACCAGCACUGAGGGGGUAACAAGUUCCGGGGGUCCUUAACAGGA